CAGUUCUCAUGGCGGCCGCUGCUCCUCCAGUGUCGCUGUGGCGGAUCCCGCCGUCCUUCUCGUCUCCGCUGUCAGUGCUCAUUAGAGAUGGCGGCGCCCUCGGUCGUCAUGCCGCUGCUCAGGAGGCUGUGCCGGGUGUACGGGUUCCCCGUUCGGCCGCUCUGUUCCGGGAGACACCGAGUUCUUCCGUUGCGGGCAGAAGAGGAGACGCAGCGGCCGCAGCCUGCGGGGAACAUGGGGGCCGAUAUGAAUCUUCUGAAACGAUUCCCGAGUCCGAAGAACUUACUGCACUCUGCGAUUUGCCGGGCGCUGCAGACGUCUGACAUCCGCGACCAAGUCAGCUACAUCCACAGCGGCAGCGGGCGGAAAAACAAAGUCACCCUCCGCCUGCAAUGGCCAAAACUCAUCGAAGUAGAAGGACAUGGAGCAAAGAAGAUCGACGCAGAGCGCCAGGCGGCGGCCAUGGCGUGUGAGAUAUUACAGGACUUUGGCUUGUUGCGGAUGGGUAAUCUAAAGGAGAGAAGAGAUCAGUGGGAGAGUCUGGAAGCGGCACCGGUCUCCUCACGGACACGGAGCCAGAUCCACAGCGUAGAGACCAGGAUCCUCCCUGUGGAAUCGGCCAUUGACGAUCCUGAAGCUAUCCAGGCGAUGCGUGUAUUCUCCAAUCCCAAACAUCUGCUCACCACCGUCAUCCAAGCGGCCGUCUCCUCCAACAGUAAGGAUUACGUACGUUACCAGCGCAUGGGAGGAAGAGUGAAGACGUGUCGGCUGACCCUGCAGUGGCCCGAACCUAUGAUCUUCAUUGCCAAGGGUCAUCGCUGGAUUGAAGCAGAGAGAAGGGCUGCGGCCCUCGCCUGUCAGAGGCUGAAGGAUCUCGGACUCCUGGACACUCAGAACCGGCCCCUUAGUAACGUCAUGUACAACAAAUCAUCAGUGCAGAAAUUUCAGGAACAGCAAAGACAAGCAAAGAGGUUCCAGGUCCCCGAUCAUCUGCUGCAGAGGAUAGAGCAUUAUCUGUACGAGUUUCCCUUAGAGCCGAGCACCGGAUCCCGUUUCGAUGAGGAUUACAAUUACUCUUACAAUGAUUCCCCGUACAUGGAUUUCUCCAAUAUGUCCUCUUCUUUCUCUGACCCGAUCACGGGCCGGCCGUACGCCCCGCUGUCUGAGUCUGAGGCGUUCCACAUCAGCCGAUCCCUGGAGGAAAGAUGGGACCGCAGCGUGGCCUUACAGGAUCUGCCCGCCGACCACCAUCGUGAGGACAUCCUGUCCGCCAUUGUGAACAAUCAAGUGGUGGUGAUCGCUGGAGACACGGGAUGUGGCAAGACCACGCGCAUCCCUCGCUACAUCCUGGAGGACGCCAUCCUGAGGGGCGCCGGCGCCCACUGUAACAUGUUAAUCACCCAGCCCCGCAGGAUCAGCGCCGUGUCCGUGGCUCACCGCGUGGGCCAGGAAUUGGGGCCAAGUCUUCGCCGUAAUGUUGGCUACCAAGUCAGACUGGAGAGCGAUCUGCCGCCUCGCGAGGGCGCCCUUCUCUUCUGCACUGUUGGGGUGCUGCUAAAGAAGCUGCAGUCAAACCCGGAGCUGAGGGGGGUGAGCCACGUGGUGGUGGAUGAAGUCCACGAAAGAGACGUCAACACAGACUUCCUCCUCAUCCUCCUCAAGCAGGUCUUAGAUGUGAACCCCGACAUCAAGAUCAUCCUGAUGAGCGCCACCGGCGACAACGAGCGGAUCUCCCGCUACUUCGAGGACUGCCCGAUUGUGAGGGUGCCGGGGUUUAUGUACCCUGUGAAGGAGCAUUUCCUGGAGGACAUCUUACCCAUGCUGGGGCGGACGUUCUCCCAAAAUUCACAGGCUCGUGAGGAAUGUGUCCCAGACCUGGAUCUGAUCAGUGAGGUCAUCCUUCAUAUUGAUGAGUGCGGCCCCCCAGGGGGCAUCCUCUGCUUCCUUCCCGGUUGGCAGGAGAUCCGCAGCAUUCAAGAGAUUCUGCAGGAACAUCUGUCCUACAGGAAUGGACGGUAUCUGAUCCUACCAGUUCACUCCAACAUCCCAUUGUCGAACCAGCAGGCCAUUUUCGAGCGGUCGCCUCCUGGUGUCCGAAAAAUUGUCCUCGCUACAAACAUUGCAGAAACGUCGGUCACCAUCGAUGAUAUUGUUCAUGUGGUUGACACCGGAAUGCACAAAGAACAGCGAUACGACCUCCGGACAAAGGUUUCGUGUCUAGAAACCACUUGGGUGUCCAAAUCCAAUGUGACCCAGAGACGUGGCCGGGCCGGACGCUGCCAGCCAGGAUUCUCCUUCCAUCUCUUCACCCGUGAGCAGCACCAGGCCAUGCCCACCUUUCAGGUGGCAGAGAUCCUGCGGACUCCAUUGGAGAACCUGGUGGUCCAGGCCAAGAUUCACACCCCGGAGAUGACGGCCGUAGAAUUCCUGUCUCAAGCCCUGGAAAGUCCUGACCGCUGCGCCAUCAUGGACGCCGUGCAGCUCCUACAGGAGAUCAAGGUCCUGGAUCACAACGAAGAGCUGACCUUACUAGGCCAACGUGUAUCCAGCAUCUCCACCGACCCCAGCCUGGCGAAAGCCAUCGUCCUGGCCUCCAUAUUCCGCUGCCUGCACCCCAUGAUGGUUAUUGUGGCCUGUCUGACCAAGGAACCAUUUCAAGGUGGAGUGAUGAACAGGUCAGAGGUCAACCAGGUGAAGCAGAGGUUCAAUGGGCAGUCGUGCAGUGACCACCUGGUGUACGCCCGAGUCUACCAUGCCUGGAAGGAGGUCCUCGGUAUGGGGAAUGGCGCCAAUCGGGACGACUUCAUGGAAGAUAACAUGCUCUCCAGAUCUGCCCUGCGCUUCAUCCAAGGUCUUGUCAAUCAGUUUUCCUCCAAUGUGGAAGAAGCUUCCCUGGUGCAUAAAGCGAAUGAAUGUGUGGACAGAUUCGCUCUGUGCAACCAGCUGAGUGAUGAGGACGAGCUGGUGAAGGGGGUUCUGCUGGCGGGACUGUACCCCAAACUUAUACAGGUCAGACGUGGAAACGUGAUCCGUGGAAAGUUCCGGCCCAAUAACAUCUGCUAUAAGACAAAAUCUGGACUUGUUCUACUACAUAAAAGCACAGUGAACAGGGAUGUAAAGAAUUUCGGCAUGCCCUGGCUCACCUACUUCCAGGCGGUGAAGUCUUCGGGGGCAGUGUUCGUACGGGACAGCUCCAUGGUUCACCCCCUGGCCGUUCUCUUGCUGACUGAUAGCCCGGCCACUGUAAGAGAGAACGGGGAGCAGAUGGUGGUUUCUCUCUCGGACUCGGACCUCCUGAAGCUGGAGAGCGACCCCCGCACCAUCACACUGCUCAGCGACCUACGUCACGCCUUGAAACGGAUGGUGGAGCGAAACCUGCAGGAUCAGCUUCCUUCAUUGUCCGAGCAGGAGGAGGCGCAGUACACGCAGCUGCUGCAAAUCCUGGUGGCUCUGCUGAACAGCACGGCGCAUUGCUUCGCCUCACCCGCGGAGGCCGAGGAAUGAGAGCGCGAUUUACCGAUUACUUAUUCCUCUAGAACUUUGUUUUUGCCCCCUAGUUUUUUGGGGAGGGACAUUGAAGAUUUUUGUUCAUGCUCUGCGUUUUAAGCAGGGAUGGGGGGGGCGGCGCGCUCUUUAUACGCACAAAUCGCCCAGUUGGUUGCGUCUCCGGAGGUGCCUGCACUUUGUUUCAAUGUUAUUCUGUUUUAUGUUCUUCGUGUUUCUUCAGAAAAUUACACAGCAUUUUGAGAUACUGAGUCGCUUUGAUCAUUUUAUCUGUAUAAAUAUGGAUGAUCUAUUGUAAGGUUACACGAUCGGUGUCUUGGCCUAGGAGAGCUUGUCUGUAAGUCUGCGUUCAGUGUAAAAUAGAAAUAAAUAAUAAAGGUAUAAAAUUAUACAGUAUAUCCAUUUAUAUCUAAUGUGUUCUAUUAAUGUCUAUGGAACGGCGGCCAUUGAUGUACAUUCCAUUAAAAAAAAAUUCAAUAUCGUAGCUGUGGCCACUUUUCCAUAGACUUUAACCAAACACAUUUUAGAUUAAAAGGUAUUUAAAAAGUGGCUUAUUUUAUUGCUAUUUACUGUACAGGAUAAU